AUGGGUGAGCUACUGAGAGCUCUGGUCCAGGUGUCUGAGAAAGCAGCUAACAUUGCUCGUUACUGCAGACAGGAUGAGAGUCUCUUCAGUCUGUUGAUCCAGCAGAAGGGAGAGGUGGAGAGGAACAAGACGUUUGUCACUGAUUUUAAAACUCUAGCAGAUGUCCUAAUCCAGGAGGUCAUCAAACAUGACAUUGGAAAACAGUUCUCUGGCCUUGAAAGCAGGAUAUUUGGAGAAGAAACCAACGAAUUUCAGAAUGGUUUAGGUGAAAAGAUUGUGGUUAGGAUCUGUGAGAGGAGAGAAGACACCGCCCAACUGCUCAGCACAGUUUUAGGUGGAAACGUUGAGGCUGCAGAGCUGUUAGCCUUUGCGGCACAUCAGGAAAUCAUCAUUACAGACCUUCAGACAGAUACCUUCCACAUUCCCAUACACAAGCUAGGAGUAUGGGUGGAUCCUAUAGACUCCACAGCUCAGUACAUAAAGGGAAUCAGGGAUUCUGUACCCAGGGAUGGCAUUUACACUCAGGGCUUGCAGUGUGUGACUGUGCUAAUUGGAGUGUAUGACUUGGAGACUGGAGUGCCAGUUAUGGGAGUCAUCAAUCAGCCUUUUGCUAGGUUUGAUUCAACAACCAAAAGAUGGACAGGUCAGUUUUUCUGGGGAAUAUCUUCUGGCCCUCACAACGUGAAUUCCCUCAACCCAACACUUCAAGACACGGAGGUCAGACACAGUCAUGCUAAGCCUACCUCUGCACUGCAGGCUGCUGGGAUAUCUGCUGUGCUCAGUACGGGGGAGUCGGAGCAAGUGAGGACACUGUUUCAGGAAAACUGUGCAAAGGGGGUGCACUAUGCAGCAGGGGCUGGGUAUAAAUGCCUGUGCGUGAUCUUGGGUCUGGCUGACGUGUACGUGUUUAGUGAGGACUCCACGUACAGAUGGGACUGUUGCUCUCCACAUGCCAUCUUGCGCUCUGUAGGAGGGGGAAUUGUCAGUCUGAGAGAGUGUCUCAGACAGAGGCAUGCUGGGAAGGUGGAGGGGCAGGAGGAGCUGAUGUAUAAUGCUCCUACAGAGGGGGUAUCAGGAGUGGAUAAGUGGGUAAAUAAAGGGGGGUUCAUUGCUUUCAGGUCCAGAUCUCACUUAGAGACUGUUCUCAACCUGCUCUCGACAGUUACAUUAUUGUAG